AUGGCGAAGCUACUGAUUGAGCACGGCACGCUCAGAGGACUUAAGAAAGAAGAAGACGGCGGGCUCAACUUCGCAGCACUAAUAGAUAAGGCUCGGAGUGACGACAUGGUCCAAGCACUUCUCUCCGGCCACCCAGACGGGCCAGACCUCGAUCAGCUCUGGUCUCUUCCUUAUAAUGACGACGAGCGAACACGUAAGACAACGGUUCUUCAACGUACCGCAUCCAGACCCCUUGGUGAUCGUGGAGAGCCGCGUACCACAGCCACCCUCGAAUACAUUGUCCAAGCUGGGGCAAACGUCGAUGCUUUGGAUGAAGGGACCAUCGGCCGGGGGCUCGUCGUCCGCCGUACCGCGUUGAAUUACGCUUGCUUGUACACUCAUUCUUCGUCCAUCCGGACAUUGCUUGAGCUUGGCGCCGACGCGCGAGCUGCAACCAAGCUUGACUUCGGAGGCGUCGAGCUUGUGACCGACCCACAGGGAUACAGCCACCGGCAUAGAAGGGAUCGUAUCAGUUACAGCCCUCGCAGGAAAGAUACCCAGCCCCGCUUGCGAUAUGCUGCGCCGACGCCCCUGUGGGACCUGCUGCAAGCUGCUCCUGUCGAUGGCGAGCGACUCCUCUACUUGUCUGAACAGGCCGAGCCCGAAAACUGUCUUCGUUACAUACCCGAGGAGCGUAUUCGCAACUCUCUAAGAACCCUGAUCACACAAGGCGCGAUGGAGGGGAUAGAGCAGGGUCUCUACAGCUCAGAUGGCAACACUUUGAUCGAGGACAUCUUCUUCGCUUGCGUUCGAUGCUCCACAGACUCGGUAGAGCUAUGGUCGUUGAUCUUUGGCUGUGGCACCAUCGACGUCCAUCGUCGCAACGAAAUGGGACAGACGUGCCUGGGGCAGCUGGUGUCCAGAUGUUUCGGAGGCAAGAUGCUGCCCGAGCAGUUGUGGAAGCCGAACCUCAUGAAGGCCCUCGUCGAAUUUGGUGCAGACCCUGACGCUGUAGACGGCAGCGGUUUGACACCGCUGCACUACGCAGUCAUGUACAGCGACCUCGAGACUAUCAAGCUGCUGUUAGACUCGGGAGCCAACCCAGCGAAGCUAGGUCAAGGUGUGUCUGGGUCUGCAACUCACCGCGCUUUCGGUUCGCCGUUUUCGCCAAAAGGUCCUGUCGCCCGCAAGGUCUUGCCCAUACUACGUCGCAAGUUGCUGAAACACAUAUCACCUGUACUCGAGGACAGCUAUUACGCGGAGGGGUCAACGCAUAGGCUCCGUAUCUUACGGAAGAAGGUCUGGCAUCCGACACUUACCGCGGCCGCCCUCGAUCGCGUGAUCGGGAACAAAUCCCUCGCCUUGAUGGACGAUGCCAAAGCCCGCGCGUACGCUGUUAUGACCAUAUUGUCGCCUUGGGAGGAGUCCUGCGUGGAUGGUAAUGGGAAGACACCGCGAGAGGUCGCCGAAGGCCUUGGGCUGCUUGCAAAGGGCGAGCAACUGCAGUUCUUUGACUGCGAGAGCCCCUUCUACGAUCAUGGCGGAGAUAUCGCGGAAUACAACUAUAUCGACCAUCUUGCCAGAACUCGAUGGUGCAGGCAAAGAUGUGGUUUUGCGCUUAGAUGUGGGUUUGCGUGUCACUUCUGA